AGAGAGAAAAAGAGAGAAAAACACAGUAUAAUUUGGUAUAGCAUGUGUUGAUUUUGUCAUUUUUGUGUGUGUUACGUUUGUUGACUGUUGUUCGUUUAACAAAAUUUUAAUCUAUUCUUAAUUCCAAUUGUAAAUAUAAUUUUAUCCAAUUUAUUGUAGUUAUGUAUUAGUAAUUUUAAAGUGAAGUAAAAUAAAAAAAUAAAUAUGGAAGAUAAAUUACGUCAAAUGGAGGAUGAAAUGUCCAGGUUUGAGGCUGAAAUUAGUGGACAAACAUCAAUGAUGAGACCAGUUAUUGGAGUAAACACAUAUAGCCAAGUAGCAAGACAAUUAGAACAACAUGACAUACCAGCUCCAGCAGUUGCAGCAGCUGCAGCAAGUUUAGCAUUUCCACCAAUGAUGGGAUUUCCACCACCACCACCUCCACCACCAAUGUUAAUUCCACCUCAAGUUAAUCGCCCAGUUACAACUUACUCAUCACCAGCACAAAUAUCAAAUAAUUACGUACCAGCUCAACGUGAUCCAGUCACGAGAAAUCAAAAAACUUAUGAAGCACCAACAGUUGCAGCACCAGUCAUACGUCCAGAUAUUAUUGAAAAAAUAAUAAACACUAAAAUACCAGAAGAUGAUGGUAAAAAAAAGAUCAAAGUUAAAGGUGUUAGUACAGCUGCUGAAUUGGCUAUUAGUCAGGGUAAAGCAAGUUCAGUUAUGGCUAAUGCAAGUGUUGAAGAAUCACACAGUGGUAAAGGUAAAGGUAAAAAAAGUAAAAAAAUUAUUCGAAUGGCUGGUGGACAAACUUGGGAGGAUCCUUCAUUACUUGAAUGGGAUGAUGAUGAUUUUAGAAUAUUUUGUGGUGAUCUUGGUAAUGAUGUUACUGAUGAAAUGUUGGUUCGUGUAUUUAGUAAAUAUUCAAGUUUUAAAAAAGCCAAAGUUGUACGUGAUAAACGUACAAAUAAAACAAAAGGUUUUGGUUUUGUUUCAUUCAAGGAUCCACAGGAUUUUAUCAAAGCCAUGAAAGAAAUGAACGGAAGAUACGUAGGAUCGAGACCAAUAAAAUUACGUAAAAGUUCAUGGAAACAAAGAAAUCUUGAUUCAGUUAGAAAAAAGGAAAAAGAAAAACAAACACUCAUUGGUUUAUUGACAGGACAGUGACAAUUUUUUGUAAAUAUAUAUUAAAAAAUAUUAAAAUAAAUAAUUAGUUAUAAUCAAUCAUGUGUUUAAUAAUUAAC